AUGCCCAGUACCAAAGGUCAGGAUAAGGGAACUACUUCCCAGCCACCCAAGGACGCCAAAACGGACCCCAAACAGCAGAAAACCUUGAAGGAAAUAGAGGGUCAGAUUGAGAAUUCGGAGAAAGCAAACGAGACCGACCGCCAAGCGAUGUUCAAUAUCUACUUAUUUGAUACCGUGUCCAAGACAAGCCAGAUGGAAAAGUUUGUCACCAUCGGCAGCAUCAAGAAUGUCCAGGACACAUCCUUGGCCGAUAUUCGGAAGAGCUUGAUCAGCGAGAACGCCCUGUCCUGGAGACAAAAGUCCAGCAAGUUCUGCAACGACGAGGGAGCGGAAGUGGACGAUAAACUAAGCUUUGAUAUGUACCUGGACUUUCUGAAGAGCAGCGAGGAGAAGCCCAACGAUGGAGAUGGAUCGAAUGAAGAGAAUGGAAGCAAGAGAGCAAAGGGCAACAAUGGUCACCCAAUCACUCGGGAAACAAACACGGGCAAAUCAUACAAGGUUUACUUGAAGCUGCGUAAAUUCCCAACCGAGUUGGACGAGAGCACGAAAGAGUUCCUCAAGGAGAAGUUAGACCUGUCGAUCAAUAAACCGGACUUGACAUCAGCCGAUGUCAACAAGCUUACGAGUUCUUACAAUCACAGCAAUUUCAUGGCCCUGGCUAGCAAAACCAUCACACAUCCGGCGGACAUGGGGGAGAGAGAAUGGUACAUCGUCCUGCAGAACAAUUCAAUUCUCCAUGGCAACUAUGUGAGGCAGCUUGCCAAUGGCCAGAGAAAGGUCGAACGUGCCAUGUACCCUGCUUUUGCAUUGAAGCCACGCAAGUUCCAUGAUUUCGAAAUUGUCUUCAACAGCGGUGGGAAGGGUGGUGCGACCCCGUCAGCUAGCGACACCGAACCUGUGGUGCAUCACCUGAGGAUCCCUAGGUUUCUCGUCCAAGAUGACUCUUACAUCAAUGUUUCUGAGAAUAAGACUUCAGUUGCAGAGGCAAUUGCCGACAGUUCGCUCUCUGAACAUUCAGCUGAGGUCUCUGUAGGGGGAGGAGCAUUUGGCGUCACUGCUGGUGUCAAGGUCGGAUACAAAAUGCAGGAGGACACAAAAACAGCCUCCAACACGACUUCGGACUCGAAGCGCAUGACGAUUACCUAUAAUUUUCCCAGAGUUGUCCUCGAGCUUGAUGGAGAUAGCCUUGAUAUCUCAGAUGAAUGCAAGGAAGACCUCGAGACCAUAUCUACGAAAGAGGGAGUGCAGUUUUUUAGAAGAAAAUACGGUACUUUCUUUGCGUCCCGUGUUGAAUUAGGGGGACGACUCCAUUCCUCAGAGAGUAGCGAUUCCUUUGCAGAGGGCAAGGUGGAAGAAAGAGCUCGGGCACUGAAGAUUUCUGCUGCCGCCUCCUUCUCAUCUACAUAUGCUCAAGGCUCUGCCAGUGGUAGCUAUGAGAAUUCAAACAACCAUAGCUCGAAUCGCCAGAACAGCAGCUUGAGCAACAAUCUGACAUGGGAGGCCAAGGGAGGUGAUACUUUAUUGUGCAACAACCCCCCUGCCUGGUGCGGUACUGUGGCGUCUUACUACAAUUGGAGGAUCUCGAAGCAAGAUGAUCUCCUUUCCAUAGAAGACAUGAUAUCACUCAUUCCGGGAUAUGAAUACGUCAAACAAAAGUUCAAUCGCUUGGCCCCCCUCAAGGAGAGCGAAGUAACAAAAACGCCUGACCCUGUCCCGAACGACUGGGACGGCUGGGUGACAUUUUGGUUGAAGCACCCUAAUGAGUUCCUAUAUCCAACCGUCUGCGAAAACGCCUCACCUACCAUAGACAAUGCUUUCUCGAACUUGACCCCACGCCUGAGUGAAUUACUCAAAGAAUCCGCCCGGAAUUUUGCCUCAUCUCAUUCCGUCAAAAUGAAUGCAUCCAUCGAUGAUGAUUCGCAAAUCUUCCAAGCUGGUACAAAGUUCUAUGAAGUCUACGAUGGAAAAACAGUCCGGUACAGGUUCAAACCCGGCUUCCAAUAUGUGGUUUGGAACAAGAAGACCAACAUGUACCUGGGUGCGAAGCCUCCAGUUCCUGGGGUAACCCAAAAGGCCGAACUAUGCACAACGAACUGGGCAAAUAGCUGUACUUUCAAGUUCACACAUGCCUUCCCAACAGACAAGAUCUACAUUGCGAAUCGCGAUCUUGUCCGCGUGGAGAUCUUUGAUCCUCAAGGCAACCCCAUAGGCCCUAUGAAGGAUGUUCCACCUCUGGGUUCGUAUGGAACAACUGGUGAUAUAUUCCAGUUCCGUUACCUAGGCGAACCUUAA